GAGAGACUAACAUAUGAAAAAAGUGAAUAAUAUUUGACUAUCGAUAGGAAAAUAAAUCUUUUUGUUAGUGGGUAAUCUUUGGCAGUUUUGUUUAUUCCUAUUUCUCUUAUUUUCUUUUUCAUAUCUUUGUAUCUUAUUAGGUUGUCAGCAAACGAUGCCGCAUCUCCUUCCUCUGAUUUUUGAGGCCGUUUAACAGAUCCUAUAGCAUGAAGUCUCAACGGCCAAAUCUCGCGCCAAAAGGUCCUUUAGCAUGAACUUGGCCUACUCUAUAUCUCCGCCUUCAAAACCCAACAUCUCUUUCUUUCAUUUUCUACUCAAAUCUCACAUUGAAGCUAGAAAACCCAAAUCAGCACUAGCUCUUUUUCGCCAUUUACUGCAAUCCAGCUUGAAACCAAAUGACUUCACUUUCUCUCUACUUCUUAAAUCCUCUACUUUGUCGUUAUUAGGUUCAAAUUCAUUAGAUGCCAAUACAGAAGCCAUUCAAAUCCAAAACCACUUGAUAAAACGGGGUAUUGAUCAGUUUGUCUAUGUAAGUACAGCUCUUCUUGACUUGUACAUGAAAUUGGGGCGAGUAAGCUAUGCGCAUAACGCGUUUGAUUAUAUGCCUAUUAGAGAUGUUGUUUCUUGGAAUGCCUUGAUUUGUGGGUAUUCACGAAAUGGUUAUGAUUUCAGUGCUCUGGAGCUUUUUGUUCAGAUGCUUAAAUUGGGAUUCUGCCCUCGUCAAACUACAUUGGUUGGUUUGCUUCCAUCUUGUGGGCAGCUUGAAUUGGUUUUUCAAGGGAAGUCUAUUCAUGGGUUUGGGAUCAAGUCUGGCCUCCAUCUGGAUCCUCAAGUGAAAAAUGCACUUACAUCAAUGUAUGCUAAAUGUGGGGAUUUGGAAGCUGCAGAAUAUCUGUUUGAAGAAAUGAUGGAUAAAAGUGUGGUUUCUUGGAAUACCAUGAUAGGUGCCUAUGGACAAAAUGGUUUCUUUGAUGAGGCAAUGUUUGUCUUCAAACGAAUGAUAGGGGCAGGAGUGGAAGUUAGUCAGGUCACCAUAAUGAGUCUGCCGUCUGCAAAUGCUAAUCCCGAAUCCAUACAUUGUUAUACAAUCAAAGUGGGUCUUGCCGAUGAUGCAUCAGUUGUUACUUCAUUGAUUUGUAUGUAUGCAAGGUAUGGGAGCACCGAUCAUGCAGAAUUGCUUUACUGGUCCUUGCCGCAGAAGAACUUGGUUUCAUUGACUGCUAUUAUUACAAGCUAUGCUGAGGCAGGAAAUCUGGGAUUGGUGAUGGAAAGUUUUUCUCAAAUGCAUCAAUUAAACAUGAAGCCAGAUUCAGUUGCUAUGCUAAGUAUCCUUCAUGGGAUUGCUGACCCUGUUCACAUAAGCAUUGGGCAUGUUUUUCAUGGUUAUGCAAUUAAGAGUGGAUUGGACACCUUCAAUUUGGUUACAAAUGGACUAAUAAGUAUGUACUCAAAGUUCAACAAUGUAGAAGCUCUCUUCGGUUUGUUUUCUGGAAUGCACGAAAAACCGUUGAUUAGUUGGAAUUCGGUGAUAUCUGGCUGUGUACAGGCUGGAAGGGCAAGUCAUGCCAUAGAGUUAUUCUGUCAAAUGAAGAUGCAUGGAUGUAAUCCAGAUGCCAUUACCAUUGCUAGUUUACUGUCUGGUUGUUCCCAACUUGGAUACUUGCAGUUUGGGGAGAGACUUCACAGUUACAUUCUCAGGAACAAACUAGAAAUGGAAGAUUUUGUUGGAACUGCCCUUAUACAUAUGUAUACCAAGUGUGGGAGCAUAGUUCACGCAGAAAGGGUAUUCAAGAGCAUUGGUAAACCAUGUCUAGCAACAUGGAACGCGAUGAUAUCGGGCUAUAGUUGCUAUGGCUUUGAACAUAAGGCUCUAACUUGUUACUCUGAAAUGCAAGAGCAAGGGGUAGAACCUGAUAAAAUCACGUUUUUAGGAGUUUUAGCUGCUUGCACCCAUGGGGGUCUUAUUCAUGAAGGGAGAAGGUACUUCCAGAUAAUGACCAAAGUGUACGAUAUGGUGCCAACUUUGCAACACUGUGCAUGCAUGGUUGGUCUCUUGGCUCGGGUAGGUUUAUUUGAGGAGGCACUUUUAUUUAUCAAGAAUAUGGAGAAGGAACCCGAUUCUGCUGUGUGGGGUGCUUUUCUCAGUGCUUGUUGCAUCCACCAAGAGGUCAAACUUGGGGAGUAUUUGGCCAAGAAAUUAUAUUUAUUGGAUUGUAGAAAUGGGGGCCUUUACGUGUUGAUGUCCAAUCUUUAUGCAGUUACGGGGAGGUGGGACGAUGUAGCAAGGGUGAGGGAGAUGAUGAAAGAUGCUGGAGGAGAUGGAAAUUCUGGAGUCAGCCAAAUUGAGGAUUUGGAAGUGAUAAAAGAAUUGUCAGACAGAUACCUUGAGGUGCAACUGACUGAGAAGACGGAGGAAGCCAGACAUGAGUAAUUCCUGCACUAGCAAUAUCAGGAACGAAAUUCUUGAGUGAGUUGUACCAUCC